UACACGAGUGUGUGGCUGCGAGAGAUCGAGAUGCCUCCCGAUGGCGGGGAGGCGGCGAGCAAGCCGCAGAGCCCGCUGCGCAUCACGCACGACGGCGAGUUCUACGCGCGGCUGCUCACCAAGGAGAGCUCCCAGGGCAACCCGUCGUUCCGCUACUACGCCGCCGGCGCCGGCGCGGUGCCCUUCGUGUGGGAGUCCCACCCGGGCACGCCCAAGGUCGACGCCACCUCCUCCUGCAUGCUAGCCUCCGGCGCGGCGGCCGACGUCCCGGCCAUCACCCCGCCGCCGUCCUACCACCUCCGGGCCGCCGCGGUGUCGUCGUCGCACGGCCAUAGCGGCAGGAUCAAGGGCGGCGGCGGUGGCGGUGGCGGCGGAAGGAGCAGCAAGUACUGCGGCUACUACAAGCUCAAGUGGAUCAAGAUCGGCUUCAUCGCCGCCGUCUUCCGCCGGCUCGCGCUGGGCAAGUCCCGCGCGUCCUCCUCCUCGACGGUGCAGCCCUCGCCGUCCACCCGCUGGCUCUUCUCCGGCUCAGACAGCGUCGAGACCAGCGACCACCAGGCCGCGCCGCCGUCGUCUUCUAAGGGCGGUCUCCUCUGCCUCAGUGUACGCCCGAGCCCGUGGAUGGUACAGUUCUGCGGCGGCCGGAGCAUCAGGAGGAUCGACACCGGCAGCUGGGCGACGUCGCACGGCUGGGCGUAGGCGCCACCGCGGCCGGCGGCGACAACCGCGUCGCUUCCAAGUGAAACAGACCGACAUGCACGUACACCGUCGUCGGCCACGUACGCACUCCGUCGCACCAUCACAUGUAGUGGUUGGGCCUCCUUAAAUUAAGCCUACAGAAAGAAUGAUGUACACGAUAUCGAUCGUUCCUGUCACGUACGUAUAUGUGUGCAAUGGCUGUUUGAUCCAGUGUCUGCUACAGUGUCAUGAACUCAUGAUAAUGUACAACAUAUAAAGAACUCUCAAUAUUAAUUA